AGUUAUCGCGAGAAAUACAAUCAUGACGAGACUUCUGCAUAAAUAACGCACUGUGCAUUUAAUUAUUUAUUUCUCUCUCUCUCUCUUUUUUUUUUUUUUUUGCACUGUCGUUAGGAUUUACGUAUAUCCAUUUGAAUAUAUAUAACGUGCUCUUUUAAUUUAUAAAGCCAUACAUUUUUGGUCACCUGCGGAAUGUUGUCGUUGUCGUUGUUUUACAGGCAGUCGUUUUAACACCAUUAAUAAAUUACAGACAAACAGGCUGAAGAUGGACGUCAAUCCUGGGAAGAAAAUGAGGUUAGUCAUGUUUUAAUAAUUUCACUUAGGUUGUUGUCACUUUGAUGCCCUUUGCAACAUAUUUGCUAAUGACACCCCCCCUCACAUCCACCUGCAACAACAGCAAAUUUAAAAAAUCAGGUCUCCAGACUCCAGAAUAGUCUAAAUGGGGGCAUAUCACCCCUAAAAUUCGACACAACGCCAGUGAAGUUUUCAUUUACACUUUUGAAUUAAAAAAAAAAAAAAAAAAAAUCUAUUUAAAAAAAAAAAAAAAAAAUACAAUAAAAAACAUUAUUACUAUUGAUUUUUUUUUUUGUUUUUUUGUUUUUUGUGGCUGUCAAACUUUUAUACUCCGUACUUAAUCAUUAUUGUUGGUUGCAAUAUGCAAAUCAGUUGGUAAAGCAUUCCAUGUAUCAGUAAUAUAGUAAAAAUGAGUGGAAAUAAAAAUAUUGAUAUUCCAGCUCAUGGAAAGUUAAAUUCAAUACUCAUUAAUGUUGUUUGAUAAACCAACUUGACAAACCAAAAUUGUGGGAUUGGGUCGUUGCUAAAAGUCACACCCAAUCAAUCGUAUGACAUCCCGACAAGUGGAGCUACUUAAACAACCAAGAGUAACCUAUUUUAAUGCCCCAACGAUACAUGUGGGACUGUUUGGCGCUUUUUAUAGACACCGUGUAAAUAGAGAUUCAUUUUUUCCGAUUACUCCAACUACACGUGAAAGCAGCAUCAAUUAUUUCGGCGCGUGUACCAAUCAUCAUACAGUCGAUUACAGAGGCUAAGGUGGCGGUGGUGGGCGCGGGCGUGGUGGGCUUCUCCACAGCCGUGCGCAUUGCCGAGAUGCUCCCACGCUGCUCUAUCACCUUGCUGGCCGACAAAUUCAGCCCGGACACUACCAGCGACGGGGCAGCCGGGAUACUCAUUGUGGAACCUUUUCCAGAUAUCCCUUUGGAACGACAGAGAUGCUGGUUUCGUGACAGCUUUGAGCACCUGCUUGACAUCGCGCUGUCCCAAGAUGCGGCCGAUGCUGGUGUGCUGCUCAGCUCAGGCUAUACAAUUUUCACCGAGCCCCCUGUCGACAAGAGACCCUACUGGUGGGACAUCGUAUUGGGUUUUCGCUACCUGAGCGACCGCGAGCUGCGACGCUUUCCCGGGUACACAUUCGGCCAAGCCUUCACCACCAUCAAGUGCGAGUGUGCAAGCUACUUGCCGUGGCUACACAAAAGGUUCACGCAAGCCGGUGGUAAAGUGGAGCAGAAGAAAUUGUCUAGUCUGGAUGAGUUGCGAACGGACUACGACGUCAUCGUUAACUGUUCGGGUCUGGGAUCGGAAGAUCUGGCGGGAGAUGCCGACGUGUACCCGGUCAGAGGUCAGGUGGUGAAAGUGGACGCCCCCUGGCUGCAGCAUUUCAUCCGCGCUGAUGCCGGGGAGUGGUACGUCUACCCCGGCUCCCGCUACGUGACCCUGGGUGGAACGAAGCAAGCGAGAGAUAGGCGCCUGGAUUCUGACCCCGGGGACGCUGAAGCCAUCCUUGAGCACUGCGCCAGAUUGGAACCAUCCCUGCGUCAGGGCAAGGUGCUGGGCCACUGGGUCGGGCUCAGGCCCUACAGGAGGAAUCCCAGGGUGGAAAAGAUGCCGCCCCUGGCAGAUGGCAGACACGGGGCGCUGGUGGUGCACAACUACGGCCACGGGAGCUACGGCAUCUCCCUGGCUUGGGGGACGGCCGUGGAGGCUGUUGAGCUGGUCAGGUGCUGCCUUGAAGAAAUGCAUCCUACUGCCAAAUUGUAAUCGGCUUGCUUCCAUAAAAGACACAAUAACUUUUCAACUUUCAUUAAACAUAUGCAAACUUUUUUGAUUAAUCAUCAACUUACAAGUAGUUGAAUGACACACAUAUAAAAAAAGAUUUUAUUGUAUUUUUUUCCAUUUUAAUAAACAUGACUCUUUCCACUGGAA